AUGAGGAGACACCGAGAGUCCGGACUGCAGUGGGAGAGGUGCAUCCGUGUAAAGAUGUCCGCAAGAAGUGAUGAAACAAAGAACUCAAGCUGCAAGAGCCAGGAUCCAGCAGAGGCACGAGCAAGUGUGGCCAUUCAGAUUCCUGAAGAAAUUCAAGAAGCUCUGAAGAUGCCGACAUUCAGUGUGUGGUCCGUGCAGGAUAAGGAGAUGUUGAACCUCCUGGAGCACAUGUUCUACAACCUCAAUCUGGUGGCGCAUUUUAAGAUGGAAGCUGCAACACUUCGGCAAUUUCUGCGUAGCCUCCAGGAUCACUACAGGCAGAAUCCUUUCCACAACUUCAGGCACGGCUUCUGCGUCACACAAAUGAUGUACAGCAUUAUAUCCCUGUGCGGUCUCCAGGACCUGCUCCCUCCUGAGGACGUGGUCACCCUGAUAGUGGCAGCCCUCGGCCAUGACGUUGACCACCCUGGCCUCAACAAUAAUUACCAGGUGAACGCUCGCACAGAGUUGGCCUCCAGGUACCAGAAUAAGUCGCCCCUGGAAAAUCACCACUGCGCCGUCACCAUGGAGAUCCUGAGCCGGACAGAGUGCGACAUCUUCAGGAACGUGGCUCCGGAGCAGGCCAGGAAAAUCCUGGAGGGCGUGGCAGAGCUGAUCUUGGCCACAGACAUGGCGCUUCACCCCCAGAUCCUCAGAUCCUUACAGGACGUCCACAGCUUCAGCUUCUCCCAAGAAGAACACGUGGCUCUGCUGAAGAAAGGUCUCAUUAAAUUAUGUGACAUAUCAAACGAGGCGCGGCCGGUGGAGGAGGCGGAGCUCUGGGCAGAUGCCCUGAUGGAAGAAUAUUUCCUGCAGAGUGACCGUGAGAAGGCCGAGGGUCUCCCCGUCACCCCAUACAUGGACCGCCACACUGUGACCAAAGCCAAAUCGCAGAGGUCAUUCAUCAGCUUCCUGCUCAUCCCCCUGUGCGAGGCCCUGUGCCAGAUCUUCCCUCAGAUGACAGUUUGGAUGUUACAACCUUUACAAGAGGCCAGACUGCGGUACGAGAGGCAGACGACAGAGGAAGUGACAAGCAGCCUAUGA